GAUCACAGCGGCACCACUUAUGGAGGCCGAGGCCAACCCAUGGAUCUCAGCCGUCAACGAGCUCGUGACAACAACCUCUGCUAUCGCUGUGGCCAACCUGGCCACAUUGCACGCAGUUGCAAAAACCAUGCCCAAGCAAUUCGUCAGAUGCUCGAGGACCUCGAUCCGGAGGAGAAAAAGGGAGUAGUUGAA